AUGAAUUACAGCAAAGCGAUUGAUUGGGCAUCACCAAUCGUGUUAGAGGCUUGGUCACGAGCGCGGUCGUGGCAGGACCGCGCCGUGCCCGUGGUUUUGUACGGCCUGUCCUCAGCGACGUUUUUGCUGCUGAACAAAUACAUCCUGAGACUGUACCCGAAGGGACUGGUGGUACUUGCCGUUCAGCAGACGCUCGUCCUGGUCGUGUACGUCGGCUUGGCGCAGAACCGCGGGUUCAGAGAGGACUUUAUGGACCCCAGCGUGCAGGACCCCAGCGUUCAGGCGCUUAGCGUAAAAAUGCGCAGCGUUCACCAGGGAGAUACAGACAAGACCGCGGCGGGGGCGGUUGGAGAGCGGCCGAUCACUCCAAGAUGCGGACAGGGCGCGGCGAGCGUGGCGGAUGUGGCAAAGCGGAACGCAGCAAAGUUGAGCACGGCGAAGGUGAACACAGCGAGGUUUCCUUUCCGGGUGUCUCUCCUCGUGGAUGCUUUCCCCAUAUCUAUGGCUUUCCUCGGCAUGAUUUGGGCCAAUGUCAUAUGCAUUUCGAGUUCCAGUGUCGGUAGUUACAUGGUCGCUAAGGCUAGUAGCCUCCUCUUUAACUUGGGUUUGUCUGUGCUGUGCUUGCCUAACUACCGAACAAAUCCCCUAAGUGUGCUCGGCUGCUUUGUCAUCUCGGCAAGCAUUGGGAUAUCCGCACCAGGCUUGCAGUGCGACCGGGUUGGUCUUUUCGCAGGACUAGCUAGCUCCCUAUCGCAAGCAGUAUUCAUGCUGAUGUCAGCUAGACUGGUCCAAAAACAAACGGGAUACACCCCCAUUACUCUUAUGGGGCACUAUACUCUCAUCACCACCGGUGCGCUCUGGCUGGCGAUCUCCUUCAAGGCCGCAGCAUCAGAUAGCCAACGAACCAGCCCCCCAGUCAUUCUGCUGCUGGUAUCUGGAGUGUUGAAUGCCGUUGUGGCCAUAUCAGCGGUAUGUGCUCUCAAAAAAACAGGACCUGUUACCCUCAAUGUGAUGGGCUACGUAAAAUCAUCAUUCCAGAUUGUUUGCGCACGCGUGUGCUUGGGAGAGAUGAUGACCCAAAAAGAGUUGCUAGGUGUCAUUACAACGCUGGCGGGCAGCACCCUGUACUCUUACGGUGUCGCCCAGCAUCAAAAGAAAAGCAGCAAGGCACACGACUAG